AUGUCCGUUCCCCAGAGGAGACCAUAUCGUUGCAAUACGGAAAAGCUGCAGGAGCCGCAGCAGGCUGCGUUGGACCACCACCUCUCGUCAGAAUACCUUGGUUCCACCUAUGUCUCCCUAAGCAAACAACAUGGAACAUCCCUCCCAUUGGUCUUCCCCUCCGUAGCAGCAGAGGUCAACCUGCAGUCCAUGUUAGCCUUGCUCAACUUUGGUUCUUCCUUCCGCGUCCCAUUGCACAAAGCCACCGGUCGAGGUGCAUGGGACAACGUCCGUGCACUUGUCCUCUCUUUAUACCUGGACGACACGUCCCCCUCCCUCCUUUCCGCACGAGGAAUGCAAGGUGUUGGGAAGGAGAAAGUGGCGGAGCUGCUCCGGGUGAACAUAUACGAAGAGCGUCCACACCCUAGCUUACCGGCGGUGAUGGUCGGAGAACUGCGCGGACCAAUGUACGAGUUCGUGAAGCGCGUGGUGGACGUGUUGAACGAGACCGGGGGUAUCCUGCUAGAACAAGGAUACACGGACCUGGGAAGUUUCGUGUUGGAAGCGCUGAAGGAGGCGGAGCGAGUAGGAAGGAUGAACGGUAACGAACCUGAAGCGAGUGUCGUUAUUGAACGACUCGUGCAUGCGUUCCCCGCGUUCCGGGACAUGACUGUUGUCGAUAGCCAACCUGUAUACCUCUUCAAGAAAGCGCUCUUUCUCCUCCAUACUCUCAGCCUCCGCUUCUCGCGCCUCUCACCUAGCCCCAUCCCUCUUCCACGGACGGAAGAGCUUCCUGCGUUUGUAGACAACGUCUUGCCGUCGAUGCUCGUUCACCUGGGCGUGAUCUCGCUUUCUGAGGCGAGGGACGCAAGGUUGAGAACUGCUUUCGGAGAGAUCGACUCGGCGACACUGCUGGAAUUGCCUGCAUCGGACGACCGAGGGAGGGCGGAAGAGGAGUCUUCCCUUGCGCCGAAGCCAGGACCAACCCUUACUCCCUCCCAAGUCGCAAGCCUCCGUGCAGCCAGCAUCACAGCACUCGAUGCCUUCGCUUCCCGUGCACAUGUGCUCAAGCUGGACCUGAACGGAGCUGGAAGCGGCGGAGCCACGGCUGUGGGUCUAGAUGGAUGGCUUUGGAGCGCGGCCAAGAAAAGGGAAGACUGGCGGGCGU